UUAAAAUGUUGUUGGGUGCGCGAGCUCGCACUGUCACGCGCAGAGUGCUCGGGCUGUGGGAGCAACUCCAACGUCUAUAAAAGAGAACGAUCUCCUACAAGUCAGGUCGUAACUUACGGGAGUCUCCUUAAACUAACUUAAGUCUGAUUUACGAAAAAAGUCAAAAUUGGCUUAAUAUAAGUGAAUGCAUAAAAAGACAACAACAGUUCGUUGAACAGCUGACAGGACCGACCCACCACGCUGGCAGUCCGCUACCUGACAUUGGACGGUUAAUUCAUUCGAACCGCUGGAUUAAACUGCCAAGAAAUCAGCAAAGAACUUGUAAGUUAGUUUAUUUUACACAAGUUUAUUUGACACAUUUUGCAACAUGUUCAGCUGGGCGAACAAGGACGGGAAGAAAAAGGACCCCGAACUGUUUCAGACUGUUUCUGACGGGUUGAAGCGACUCUACCGGACCAAGUUAUUUCCGUUAGAAGACACGUACCGCUUUCACGACUUCCACUCUCCGGCACUGGAAGAUGCUGAUUUCGAUAACAAGCCCAUGGUACUUUUAGUGGGCCAGUACUCCACAGGGAAAACCACUUUUAUUCGUCAUCUCAUGGAGCAGGAUUUCCCCGGUAUGCGCAUAGGCCCCGAACCGACCACCGAUUCAUUCAUAGCGGUGAUGUACGGGGAACAGGAGGGUCUGAUCCCAGGCAAUGCUUUAGUGGUCGACCCCAAGAAACCCUUCAGAAAACUUAACGCCUUUGGAAACGCCUUUCUGAACAGGUUUAUAUGUGCUCAGAUGCCAAAUGCAGUGCUGGACAGCAUCAGCAUCAUAGACACUCCUGGAAUUCUGUCUGGAGAGAAACAGCGGAUUAGCAGAGGUUAUGACUUUGCAGCUGUGCUCGAAUGGUUUGCUGAACGUGUGGACCGCAUCAUUCUUCUCUUUGAUGCACACAAGUUGGAUAUCUCAGACGAGUUCUCUGAGGUGAUCCGAGCUCUGAAGAACCACGAGGACAAGAUGCGGGUGGUGCUCAACAAAGCUGAUCAGAUCGGGACCCAGCAGCUCAUGAGGGUCUAUGGCGCCCUCAUGUGGUCUCUCGGUAAAAUCGUCAACACACCAGAGGUCAUCCGAGUGUACAUUGGUUCUUUCUGGGCUCAGCCUCUCCUGGUUCCAGAUAACAGGAAACUGUUUGAGGCAGAGGAACAAGACCUUUUCCGUGACAUCCAGGGGCUUCCACGUAAUGCAGCGUUGCGCAAGCUGAACGACCUUAUCAAACGGGCACGUCUUGCCAAAGUUCAAGCCUACAUCAUCAGUGCUUUGAAGAAAGAAAUGCCAAAUGUUUUUGGGAAAGAGAAUAAGAAAAAGGAACUCAUCGCUAACCUGGGUGAAAUCUACGCAAAGAUUGAAAAAGAACAUCAGAUCUCACCUGGUGAUUUCCCUAAACUCAGUAAAAUGCAGGAAGUCCUUGCUGGUCAGGACUUCACUAAGUUUCAGGGAUUGAAGCCCAAGUUGCUGGAAGCAGUCGAGGACAUGCUGGCCAACGACAUUGCCAAACUCAUGACCCUCGUUCGGCAGGAGGAGGCUGCCAUGCCCAGCCAGUCUGUCCAGGGUGGUGCCUUUGAGGGCACCAUGAAUGGACCCUUCGGGCAUGGGUAUGGAGAGGGUGCUGGCGAAGGCAUUGAUGAGCUGGAGUGGAUAGUGGCGAAAGACAAGCCAACUUACGACGAGAUCUUCUACACCCUGUCACCUGUCAACGGGAAGGUCUCUGGUGCCAUGGCCAAGAAAGAGAUGGUCAAAUCCAAACUGCCCAACAAUGUUCUAGGAAAAAUCUGGAAGCUCGCUGAUGUGGAUAAGGAUGGGUACCUGGACGAUGAGGAGUUUGCCUUAGCUAACCACCUCAUCAAGGUUAAACUGGAAGGUCACGAGUUACCUACUGAUCUUCCCGAUCACCUCGUGCCUCCUUCUAAACGAGGACUCUAAACAAUUUGGGAAAAUAAAUGUUAUCUUUGAGCCAAACUUUGUAGAGGUUAUUGAUAUGGGUGAAAGGGUGGGUCUAGAAAUAUGAAAAUAUAUAAACAGAAUUUAUGAUAUAAUUAUACAGUAUGUAUUAGCUGCGGAAAGGAGCCAAAAUAGCUUUUAACUUAUCUAUCACUACAGUUUGUCAUUCUCACUAAUAUUAUCUUCUUUGUUCUUGAUAGACUGGUAGUUAGGAACCUAAUCAAAACUUUAAAAAUAUAAAUAAAUUAGAUGGCAUCCUGUUAUCGUAUUUCUCAAAUGCUAGAUGUAGCUAAAUUCUAUUUAAGCAUGUACAAUGGCAGGGAGAGGAGUCCAAUGGGACCAACAUAUAGGCUAAUAUUAAAAAUCUUUUAGAAGCGUUUACCAGAUCUUUACACUGAUGCUGCUUCAUACUUGGUCAUGCAAGGAGAAAUGGUUCUUUUUCAUUCUUUACACUCCAUUAACUUUGCUGAUGGUUUCAGGCUAUUGAGAUUUAUCCUUUGAAACUUUCAGUUGAACAAUUUUGUAGUUUUGUCCAGUUUUGGUUUUACAAUUUGGACUCCCCAAUUUGACCACAGCAAAAAACAGUGCUGCACUUUUGUAUUGUAUGUUAACUGGUUGCAUCAUCAAUUGUGAUGGUUCAAAACAGAUUGUCUCUGACAAGACAUUCAACAGACAGAGACUCCAACUGUAUGAUCUGUAUCAUUGAUAAAAGUAGCACCAUUGCAUUGGUCUCUUUCUGUUCUUGAGUUCCUCACCCUGCUACACUAUCAAAAGCUUUUAUACACUAUAAAUACUGUUCAUAUGUAAAAAAAAAAUUGUCUAGUUUGCAAUAAAAAUCUACCACGA